AUGACACAACUCAAGUACUCAACCAUCCUGGUGAGUCCAGAUUCAGUAUUUUGCUGUCUUAUUUUGCUGGACUAUGUGCCUCCAGGGAGAAAAAUGUCCGCUUCGGUGCCUGCAAUAUCAUCUAACCUCGUGCAGAAAGCCAUCCCAUUUUCUACACCAAACUCGACCGCAGUAAGAACUUUCAAAAACACUCCAUCCCUUUUAUUUUCUUCCUCAAUUCUAAAUAGAAAGAUUAUCAAGAGGCAUGUUUAUGGAAAACCAGGGCUUAUCUCUCCUGUAUGUGGAUUACUAGUCCAUAACCAAUCUAAUAUUCUGCCUGAGAUUCCAGGCAAGAACCCGCCAGAAUUUCUGAGAAGGUCCAAUAAUAAUGAUCCGCCUUCAGUUCCACCAGAAGUACCAGAACUUCCAAGCAGUCCUGAGAUCGAGACUAGUCCACCAGAUGAAGGAUACAUAAGACCUCCAAGGAUUCCAGAGGUGCCUAAUCCCGGACCUGACUUCCCUCUUCCACCGUUACCAACGGCGCCUGACGUUCCACUACCACCCCCAGGGACACCUUGGCCUCCGCCACCGGAUCGACUGCCCCCCAAGUUGCCGCCCGAUAUUAUACCAGCCCCUGCUCCCCCGCCACCUGAUAUUGACCCUCCACUGGAUACGCCAGAUAUUGAACCACCACCUGGGCCGUAUGUAGUCUAA